CAUUUUCGUCAUCACGAUAAAUCGCGAAUUUAACAGUGAAAAGGUGCCCAAAAAAGCCCCAAAACCAUCUAAAUUUUGGUAAAAAAUGCCAUAGAACCUCCGGAGCGCAAUUGUAACAUGUCCAAAUCUGUGGGAAAGCCAAAAGUUACAAUUGAAUUACCCAAAGCAAAAAAUCUCUCAGACCGCCUCAGUGUCUUUCAGCGUCUUGGGAAUCGCGGAAUUGCGGGCUCUUCGUCGUCGUCAAAGCACAAAUUAGCGCCGCUACCUGACAAGGACGUCACUCCGGGUCACAGCACGCAAGAAGAUUCGCAACCGGCAACGCAAAUCCAACCUCCGGAAGAACCUUUUCCGAACGCGUCUUUAAAACUUCAACUUGUGCGUCAAAAAGCAGCUGAAAUUAUGGAUUCGAAGCGAAAACAGGAACAAGCCCCGCCCCCGUCGUCAAUGACGAUCGUCAAAAAGGUCAGAAAAGUUCGAGUUUCUUCACCGAGUUCGGAUUCCAGCAGCAGUAGCUCCUCCAGCUCAAGCUCGAGUACUUCCUCGCCGAAACGCAAGACGAAAAAACGUCAAAUUCGGAAACGCGCUCCCAGCAGUUCGUCGGAUGAGGUGCGCGAACGCAAAAUUUCCAAGAAAAAAUCGCAUAAAAAAUCUCUGGAAUCGAUGAAAAAGGCGCAUCACAAAAAAUCCAAGGAAGCAACGCGAAAUCUCAUCAAACGAGCAAUCAGUCCGCCGGCGAGUUACAGCCGGAGGCACGAAGAAAGCGAAUCGCCGCCCAAAAAAAUCAUCGUCAAGGUCCACAAAAAGGAAAAAAGUCACAAAUAUCAUCAUGAUGCGGCGGCGGCGGCGAUGGUUGAACGCGAUCGCGAGUUAUAUGAACGCGAAAAAAUGCGGGCAAAGGAACGAAUGAGAAGUCCAUCGCCUAAAAUGAUCAUUCGUCGUUCCCGUUCGCCACGUCAGAGGGAAAUGAAACGCGUGGUAAGUCCCACGGAGUCGAUGAGUCGUCGUCUGAGCCCGCCCCGGAGUUAUCGGAGUCGCGAACGAAGCGACGAUCGAAGCCCGUACAAGGAUUCGCGUGCGGAACGUGAACGCCGGGAACGUCGCGAAUACGAAAUUAUGCGGGAAAAGGAACGAGCCGAAGCUUUAGCGCGUUGUCAGGAGCGCCAACGUGAACGAGAACGCCUCAAAGCGCAACGCGAGAACGAGGAACGCGAAAAAUACGAAAGAAGUCGUCGUGGAUCGUUGGAAAGAGGGCGUCCAAUGCCACCGCGGAGUCGAUCUCGUUCGUACGAAGUGAUGCCGCCGCAACGAAACGACAGAGAAUACGAUCGCAGGUAUGAAGAAGCCCCGAUUCGAGGUUCUCGAGGCGGAAUUCUUGAAGAAAGAUCGCCUGUGGGUCGCGAAUAUCGACGUGACGAAAGUCCCUAUGCGCAAGAACAGCGUCGGCGAUACGAACAUGAAGACCCAGGGCAUGGAGAAAGACGCGGAAGACACGCCGAGUAUCAGGAACGACAAAUGGAGCAUCGCCAAGACGAUCGAAGGUCGAAUUAUGACAGAGCGGAAUCGCAUCAUGGAUCGUCGCGUGGCGGAGAAUGGGAUUCAGGUCGAGAUUCGGGACAUAAAGGGUCGCAGCAGCAACAGCAGUAUCACGAGAGACGCGGAAAUUACGAAGAAAAGGAACAUUGGAGCAAGGAACGUGGUUCGUACAGUAAAAAUUAUGACUCGAGAGGAUAUAGUGAGACAAGUUCGCGACAAGAAUCGCAUCAUUCGCACUCAAGUCGUGGCGGGAUUAUUAAGAAAUAUAAUCCAGAUUGGCAGCAACAUUCGGAAAGGACGCCGUCAUAUCGUCCCAGAGGAGGAUUUGUGCCGAGACAUGAGAGAGCUGAAACGAGUUCGUAUCGCCCGAGGUAUCCGGGGACUCCGAGAGGCGGAUUUAGGCCAACAGGACCCCGCAUGCCCGCAAGUUUCCGCGGCGGCAGAGGAAGUUUCCAUCCAAAUAUCACGUAUUUCCCCACUCGACCUCACAAUCCGAACGCUCCGCAAGGCAGUCAACAGCAUCCUGGUUCACCCGAAGGUCAAGGCGAACACGAAUCGCCGCACAAACUUCGACGCCAAGACGGGCAAGACGAGGGCGAUCACUUGAGUGAAAUCAGCGACGAAGGAGACGAUGCUCUGGGAAAACUCGAAGGACGCGGAAUGAACCGUGCUCGGCUUCAACAACGUCAGCGACAAGAAUCGAUGGUCUCUGGUGACGCCAAAAAUGCUUCAGAUCCUUCGGUGAAGCAAGAAGAGACCGGAAUUGACACAAAAUCGCACGCUAAUAAACAAUUACAAGAGGAGAUGGAACUAGAUUUUGAAGAAAUUUCCGAUGGGGAGUUGGAUGAAGAGAAGAAAAUUUGUUUGGGUGACGCUCUUGGCGUCGAUUGGUCCAGCAUUGUCGAAGAAUCCAAGCGAAAAGUCAAAGAAGAGUCCCAAAUCGGCGUCAAUACUGCCAAACAGAAGCUAAAACCGCAUCGAGUCCUCUUAAGCAUCGGAAUUUCCGCAAAAAUGGCAGGCGCGGAGUUCGCCAAGCAAGUCAUUCAAGACUCUUAUGCCCAAUUAGAACACGAAAUCCGCGAAGAAGUCGUCACAAAAGCCAUGAAUGAGCUUCCAACGGUCAAAAAUGAGUUCGAUGGAAAAGACAUUAAAGGCGAAGUUGAUCCAAGCCACACUUCUGACCCCGUAAACGACCCCGAAAAACCAAGUUUGGAGCAAAUCGAACAAAAACUCAGCGAAAAACUGCCAUUCACGAUCACGGGACUCUUGGAUCGCCCGCAAGCUUUUGCCCAAGUUGCGUACAAAGAACGUCUCGAGUCGCGCAAACGACUUUUGGCGAGCGCCAUCGGUUCGUACAGUCGUGCGUUGAGUGCCCGACAAGACCUGAAAAUUCGCAGGAAACUUUGCGGAUUGCCCGAGGAAGAAGUUGUCGAGAAAGCGAGUGCAGUGCCAAUUGUGCCCGUUAUAGAAGCAGAUGUCGAAAUGGGUCAAGAGGGAGAAGUUACUUGUUCAAGUGCUGCCGUGCCAAAACAAUCAGCGACCGAAUUGGUUUUUGCAAUGUUCAAGAAGGCAAUUGGAGAGGUCUGUUAAAGUGUGCGAAUGACCAAGAAAUUUCUUUUUUUUUCGUAUUUUAAUUCAUUUUUUUGCGUUAUUGAUACAAAAUAUUGUAAAAAAUGAAAGAAAUAAACGUGACUGAGCUAAUUUUUUCUUAGCAAAGUCGGAUUUAAA